AUGGAGGUGUUUGCUCCUGCAAACUCGUCCACAGCAGCUGCUGUCACCUUCAUCACAUUCGUACAGGACUUGAAGAAGAAAACCAAGACAUGGGGUCCCAUGAUAGAGUUAUGCGCCAACGGGGAGAAGACACUCGAACGAUUUAGAUACCAAUUUCCAGACGACUGGCUCUAUAGCGAUCAACUUAGAGGGGAGUGGAGUGCUUAUAACGAGAUUUUGAAAAGAAAGAACGAUUCCAUUCAGGAGCAACUUGCUGGAUUGCAGUUGAAGAUAGUGGCUGAAGACAAGAUUGUGGAGAAUAAAAUUAACGACAUCCUACAAGAAUGGGAGCAGACACGCCCUGUGCAAGGGAAUAUGCGCGCCGACACAGCGAUGAAUACCAUCAACGUCUUCGAGGGGAAAUUAAACCGCGUUCAAGAAGAAUACGACCUUGUGUGUCGCGCCAAAGAAGCUCUUGAUCUCGAGUUGAUGCGGCACACUAGACUUGAACCUGUGUUUGAAGAAUUACGAGACUUGAAAGCCGUAUGGACAGCGCUUUCCGGGAUUUGGAGCCAGAUCACUGAACUGCGGGAGUUGGCUUGGGCGACGGUUCAGCCUAGGAAGUUGAGGCAACACAUUGACGGGCUUUUGAGCUCUACAAAGGAAAUGCCAACCAGAAUGCGGCAAUAUGCAGCCUUUGAAUAUGUACAAGACGUGCUUCGUGGUCUGCUGAAGUCGAAUGCGCUUGUGUCAGAACUAAAAUCUGAGGCGUUGAAGGACCGGCAUUGGAAGCAACUCUUCAAAAACUUACGAUUGCCAUCACAAAUCAGCUUGACGUUAAUGACCCUUGGGCAUGUCUACGACUUGGAUCUCAAGAAGAACGAGUCGCUCAUUAAAGAAACAAUUGUACAAGCCCAGGGAGAGAUGGCAUUGGAAGAAUACAUCAAACAAGUAAAGGAAACCUGGACAAGCUACACGUUGGAUUUGGUGAACUACCAAAAUAAAUGCCGUCUCAUUCGGGGUUGGGAUGACCUUUUCAACAAGUGUAGCGAGAACUUGAAUUCCCUUACUGCCAUGAAAUUAUCUCCUUACUAUAAAGUCUUUGAGGAGGAGGCUGGUUCUUGGGAAGAGAAACUAAACAGGGUCCACGUUCUCUUUGAUGUUUGGAUUGAUGUGCAACGCCAGUGGGUCUACUUGGAAGGUAUCUUCUCGGGAAGUGCAGAUAUAAAGCAUCUUCUCCCUGUGGAAAGUGCUCGAUUUCAAAAUAUCAACGCGGAGUUUUUGACCGUGAUGAAAAAGGUCUACAAAUCACCUUUCGUCAUCGACGUCAUGAAUAUCCAAGGAAUACAGAAGAGUUUGGAGCGCCUUGCGGAUCUACUGAACAAGAUUCAAAAGGCGCUUGGAGAGUACUUGGAACGCGAGAGAUCAUCCUUUCCUCGCUUUUAUUUUGUCGGAGAUGAAGACUUGCUGGAAAUCAUUGGAAAUAGCAAGGAUAUCUUGCGGAUCAUGAAACACCUGAAAAAGAUGUUUGCCGGCAUUUCAACUAUCCAGUUGGACGAUGACCUGACCCAGAUUCAGGGAAUGUCGUCUCGAGAAGGAGAGGCAGUUCAUUUUUCCGAACCCAUAUUGCUCAAGGAUUUCCCAAAAAUCAAUGACUGGUUGGCGAGGAUAGAAAGCAUGAUGCGCCUGUCUUUGGCGAACUUGCUAACGGAUGCUGUUGUCGAUCUGCAAGCAUUUUACGGCCAGGGUUCCAGACUUGACGCGGAGCAGUUCAUGACAUGGAUGGAGAAAUACCCAGCCCAGCUUGUCACGCUCGCCGUCCAAGUUGCAUGGACAUCGACUGUGGAAGCCUCUUUAGAGUCUGCUCAAGCUCCCGAGUCAUCUCUGGAUACAAUCCACCAAGCCCUUGAUCUCCUGUCGGAUAUAGUUCUUAAAGAGCUUGCCCCGGUUACGCGGCGAAAGUGCGAGCAUCUCAUCACGGAACUAGUACAUCAGCGCGAUGUGACACGUACUCUUGUUCAGCAACGCGUCCUCGAUGCAAAAGGGUUUACGUGGUUGUAUCAAAUGCGUUUCUACCUAGACAAGGCCAUCGAGAAUCCUUUAGACAGACUCUCGAUCAAGGUCGCAGAUGCCUCAUUCCCGUAUGGUUGGGAAUAUCUUGGAGUUCCCGAUCGACUUGUUCAAACACCUCUUACGGAUAGAGUGUAUUUGACCAUGACCCAAGCUCUCGACAAUCAGCUGGGUGGAGCCCCUUUUGGACCUGCUGGGACGGGCAAGACCGAGUCUGUGAAAGCUCUCGGAGUGCAACUAGGCCGAUUCGUUCUUGUCUUUUGCUGCGAUGAGACUUUUGACUUCCAAGCUAUGGGGCGCAUUUUUGUUGGUCUUUGUCAAGUCGGUGCAUGGGGGUGUUUUGACGAGUUCAAUCGUCUUGAAGAACGGAUCCUCAGUGCUGUUUCUCAGCAAGUCCAAGCCAUUCAGCAAGGCCUGGCGUCUUUGGUUAAGAACCCGAAUGUGGAAAUUGAAUUAGUGGGGAAGAAUUUAAAGAUCAACAAGAAUAUUGGUAUAUUCAUCACUACCAAUCCGAAUUACGCUGGCCGAUCACAGCUACCUCCUAACCUCACCAAACUCUUCAGACCGAUGGCAAUGACACGUCCUGACCGCGAGCUCAUCGCUCAAGUAAUGCUGUUCUCACAAGGUUUCCGGACAGCCGAAUCCCUCGCGUCGAAAAUUGUCCCCUUCUUCAACCUUUGCGACGAACAACUUUCUCCUCAACCUCACUACGACUUCGGUCUCAGGGCACUCAAAGCGGUGCUUGCCAGUGCCGGCAUUCUUAAACGAGAGCGACUGCAAAGCACCCGAGCAAAAGCACAAGGAGAUGAAGUUGUUGGGCUGUCCGACAAUAUUUCUGAACAAAUUAUUCUCAUUCAAAGCGUUACCGAAACUAUUGUUCCGAAACUGGUGGCCGAUGACGUUCCCUUGCUUACAAGCCUUCUAGCCGACGUUUUCCCAGGUGUUGAUUACAUGCCGGUAGAUUUAGAUGCUCUACGCGAACAGAUUCUUAGAGUCUGCAAGGAACGGCGCUUAGUCGAAGGAGAAAGAUGGGUUUCAAAGAUCCUUCAGCUUUACCAGAUACAAAAGAUUCAGCAUGGUUUGAUGAUGGUUGGCCCAUCAGGAACCGGGAAGACGAACGCGUGGCAAGUUUUGCUCGCUGCCCUCGAACGCCUCGACGGUGUAGAAGGCGUCUCAUACGUCAUUGAUCCCAAGGCCAUACACAAAGACGCAUUGUACGGCACUUUAGAUCCAACCACUCGAGAGUGGAAUGAUGGGCUCUUCACACAUGUUUUACGUAAGAUCGUGGACGAUGUUCGCGGAGAAAGUGGGAAGAGACAUUGGAUCAUUUUUGACGGUGACGUAGAUCCAGAAUGGGUCGAAAAUUUGAACAGUGUCCUCGACGAUAACAAGUUGCUCACACUACCUAACGGAGAACGUCUCAACCUACCUCCUAAUGUCCGAAUCAUGUUCGAAGUCGAGCACUUGAAGUACGCAACCCUAGCCACCGUUAGUCGUUGUGGGAUGAUUUGGUUUAGCGAGGACGUGGUCGAACCAUACAUGGUUUAUCGAAAUUACCUUGCCACCCUGGCGUUCAUGCCCCUGGACGCAGACGAAGAAGAUGCUGGGGAUAUUCUUGGCCAUCGCGUGGACACGCUAAGCUCAGACGCGACUGCGUCAGCAAAUCUGGAGACACAAAAGCAAAUCGCAUCAAUUCUCGAUCGCUACUUUGCAGAGGGUGAACUCGUCAGCUCUGCCCUCGUGUUUGCCGAAUCGAUUGAACACAUCAUGGACUUCACCACAACUCGUGCUCUUAACACACUGUUUUCACUCAUGAACAAAACUGUUCGAAACGUUAUCGAAUACAAUAUUCAACACUCCGAUUUCCCACUCACUCUCGAACGUGUGGAGCAAUAUGUCACAAAGCGGCUUCUCAUAAGCAUCAUUUGGGCCUUUUCAGGAGAUGCCAAACUAGAUUUAAGAGCCGAGAUGGGCGAGUUUCUGCGCAAACAGACGGGCAUCGACCUUCCACCAUUGGCGCCUGGCAGUUCAUUAAUCGACUACGAUGUUCAGGUGUCCAGUGGCGACUGGAUCGCCUGGCAAUCAAGGGUUCCUGUCAUUGAGAUUGAAGCUCAUGCGGUAACAGCUUCGGACGUCGUGGUUCCAACCAUGGACACGGUACGCCACGAAGAAGUUCUCUACUCUUGGCUUUCAGAACAUAAACCGCUUAUGCUCUGUGGCCCUCCAGGUUCAGGGAAAACAAUGACCUUGUUCAGUGCUUUGCGAAAACUCCCCGACCUGGAAGUCGUUGGACUUAAUUUCUCGAGUGCAACUACACCCGAACUUAUCCUGAAGACUUUUGAACAGUAUUGUGAAUAUCGCAAGACACCAAAUGGUGUUAUUUUGGCACCCAUUCAGAUUGGUCGCUGGCUCGUUGUCUUUUGUGAUGAAAUCAACUUGCCCGCAGCCGAUAAAUACGGCACGCAGCGAGUUAUUUCUUUUCUCCGUCAGCUGGUAGAAUGCGGAGGCUAUUGGCGAGCGAGCGAUAUGGCAUGGGUCAAGCUGGAACGCAUUCAAUUCGUUGGAGCCUGCAACCCGCCAACUGAUCCUGGUCGAGUUCCGCUUAGUCACCGAUUCCUUCGCCAUGCCCCCUUGGUAAUGGUUGACUAUCCUGGAGAGAUCUCGUUGAAGCAAAUUUACGGAACCUAUAAUCGAGCACUUCUCAAAGUGGUUCCCAAUCUUCGUGCGUAUGCCGAACCACUGACGGAUGCGAUGGUUUCGUUCUAUCUGGCCUCACAGAAGCGUUUCACGACAGAUGUCCAAGCACACUAUGUCUACAGCCCCAGAGAGCUUACACGUUGGGUCCGUGGCAUUUAUGAAGCCAUACGCCCGCUGGAAAUUCUUUCCGUUGAAGGGCUUGUUCGUAUUUGGGCCCAUGAAGCAUUGCGCCUAUUCCAAGAUCGUCUCGUCUCUGAAGAAGAAAGGUUGUGGACGGACGAAAACAUUGAUGCAGCAGCAUUGGAGCAUUUCCCGACUAUCAACCGCGACGAAGCAUUGAUUCGUCCCAUUUUGUUCUCCAAUUGGACAUCAAAGAACUAUAUUCCAGUUGAUCGAGAAACCCUGCGAGAGUACACGAAAGCCCGCCUUCGCGUUUUCUAUGAGGAAGAACUCGAUGUCCCACUCGUCCUUUUCAAUGAUGUUCUGGACCAUGUCCUCCGUAUUGACCGUGUGUUUCGGCAAAUUCAAGGCCAUCUUCUACUUAUUGGUGUUAGUGGCAGUGGAAAGACCACAUUGUCUCGAUUUGUUGCUUGGAUGAAUGGUCUGAGUAUUUUCCAGAUCAAAGUCUCCAAUAAAUAUACCGGAGAUGAUUUCGAUGAUGAUUUGCGGACGGUUCUCCGCCGAUCGGGUUGCAAGGGCGAAAAGAUCUGCUUUAUCAUGGAUGAAUCCAACGUGCUUGACUCGGGCUUCUUGGAACGCAUGAAUACGUUAUUGGCCAAUGCUGAGGUUCCAGGUCUUUUCGAAGGAGAUGAGCAUGCGGCUCUGAUGACUGCUUGCAAAGAGGGUUCCCAGCGUGAUGGUCUGAUGUUGGAUUCUCCAGAAGAAUUGUAUCGAUGGUUCACCCAACAAGUGGCCAAGAAUCUUCACGUGGUCUUCACAAUGAAUCCUCCUGAAAACGGUCUUGCGUCGAGAGCUGCUACAUCUCCAGCCUUGUUCAAUCGUUGCGUUCUCGAUUGGUUUGGGGAUUGGUCUGACCAAGCGUUCUACCAAGUCGGCAUGGAGUUCACCCACACCCUUGAUCUUGAUUUGCCCUCAUACGGCCCUCCUGCUCAUUUCCCUGUCGCAUACCGUGGACUCUCUAUGCCUCCAGUCCAUCGAACGGCAGUCGUGAACGCCUUGGUUCAUGUACACUCAUCUUUGCAUCCGAUCAAUCAACGCCUCAGUCGGCGUCAAGGCCGCUACAACUAUGUCACACCACGGCAUUACUUGGAUUUCAUCAACCACUAUGUCAGACUCUACACGGAAAAACGUGAUGAACUGGAAGAACAACAACGCCAUCUCCAUGUCGGUCUAGACAAGUUGAAAGACACUGUCACUCAAGUUGAGGAACUCAGGAAAAGUCUCGCCAUCAAGCGGUCACAGUUGGAAGCGAAAGAUGCAGAGGCCAAUGAGAAGCUCAAGCGAAUGGUUGCUGAUCAGCAGGAAGCUGAGCAGAAAAAGGCUGCGUCCAUCGAAAUUCAAGCAGCACUGGUUGAGCAAGACCGCAACAUAGAACAACGUCGCGCCGUUGUCAUGGCGGAUCUAGCAGAUGCCGAGCCCGCGGUUCUUGACGCCCAAGCUGCUGUUAGCAACAUCAAGAAACAACAUCUUCAAGAAGUACGUACGAUGGCCAACCCUCCAGAGGCGGUUAAAUUGGCCAUGGAAUCAGUUUGUACCAUCCUUGGUCACAAGAUUGAUAGUUGGCGCACCGUGCAAGGCAUCAUUCGUCGGGACGAUUUCAUUCAGCGGAUCGUCAACUUUGAUACCACCACUCAAAUGACGAGGCAACUUCGUGAUACGAUGAAGAAAGAUUUUCUUAGCCGUCCUUCUUACAACUUCGAAACAGUUCAGCGAGCAAGCAAAGCUUGUGGGCCUCUUGUCAAAUGGGCUCUGGCUCAAGUCCGCUUCUCAGAAAUUCUUGACAAGGUCGAACCCUUACGGAACGAAGUGCAAUCCUUGGAGAUCCAAGCCGAGACUACUAAAAAGCAGGCUAGUGCAAUCAUACAUAUGAUCGCAGAGCUGGAGUCCAAGAUUGCCCGGUACAAGGACGAGUAUGCGCUCCUCAUCAGCGAAACUCAGGCUAUCAAAUUAGAGAUGGAGCGUGUUCAAAGCAAAGUCGACCGGAGCAUGAAGCUUUUGGAGAGCUUGUCUUCUGAACGUAGUCGCUGGGAGGAUGGAAGUCGCACAUUUGAAGCAGAGAUGAGCACAAUUGUCGGGGAUGUCCUUUUAUCUGCUGCAUUCCUCGCAUACGGGGGAUUCUUCGAUCAACACUAUCGCGAAGUAAUGUGGCAGGAAUGGUCCAACCAUCUCGCUGAAGCAAACAUCAAGUUCAAACCCGAAUUAUCAUUCACGGAAUAUCUAUCGACAGCCGAUGACCGUCUAAGCUGGCAAUCAAAGUCUUUGCCCUCGGACAAUUUAACAACAGAAAAUGCCAUCAUGCUCAAACGCUUCAAUCGUUAUCCUCUCAUUAUUGAUCCAACUGGACAAGCAACCACCUUCUUACUGAACGAAUACAAAGAGCGCAAGAUAACCGUGACGAGCUUUUUAGACGAAGCUUUCCUGAAAGUCCUGGAGAGUGCCCUUCGCUUUGGAAACCCACUCUUAAUUCAAGAUGUUGAACAUCUGGAUCCCAUUCUGAACGCUGUUCUCAACAAAGAAAUUCGACGCACAGGCGGUCGAGUACUUAUUCGAUUGGGAAGCCAAGACAUCGAUUUUUCACCAUCUUUCACAAUGUUCUUGUCCACCAGAGAUCCAUCCGUCGAAUUUUCUCCUGAUAUCUGCAGCCGUGUCACAUUUGUCAACUUCACGAUGACCCGAAGCAGUUUGCAAAGCCAAUCUCUCGAUCAGGUAUUGAAGGUUGAACGGCCUGAUACAGAACGGAAGCGGACAGAUUUGAUGAAGGUCCAGGGAGAGUUCCGCCUUCGCUUGCGAACUCUUGAGAAGCUCCUACUCCAAGCCCUCAAUGAAUCAUCUGGAAACAUCCUUGACGACGACAAGGUCAUUGACACUCUUGAAACUCUCAAGCGUGAAGCUGCGGAGAUCACGCGCAAGGUGGAGGAAACAGAUGUUGUCAUGAGAGAAGUUGAACAAGUGACAGCGGAAUACCUCCCUCUCGCUCAAGCUUGCAGUUCGGUGUUCUUCGUUCUAGAGCAACUCAAUCUGGCCAACCACUUUUAUCAAUUCUCUCUCCGCUUCUUCCUAGAUAUAUUUGACUAUAUCCUGCACCACAAUCCAAAUCUCAAAAAUGUCGCAGACUACAGCAGCCGACGCUCAAUUUUGUUAAAGGACCUCUUUUUGGUUGUGUACAAGCGUACAUCUCGUGCCUUGCUCUACCGCGAUCACCUUAUGCUCGCAAUGCUCCUUGCUCAGGUCAAAUUGCGGGGUGUGGAAGAAAUCACAGAUGAGUUAGAGUUUCUUCUAGAGAGUGGUGAUGGGCUUGCACCUGCGGUGGCAGUUUCGCAUCAGGAGCAGCAACACCCUCUGCUGUCGCCUGAUCAGUUAAAUCGCUUGAACAACUUUGCGAAACAGACUCUUUUCAAACCUGUACAAGCUCACAUCACGGAACACGAGGAUCAUUGGAUACCUUUCCUGCAAUCGGACACCCCAGAGCAUCUGGUUCCAACCCCAUGGGAGCCAAGUACACCCGCUGUUGAAGCCAUACGAGCGUUGCUAAUUAUGAAAUGCUUCCGGCCGGACCGUCUCUUGCAGUCCACCGCAAUAUUUGUGAAAACCGUCUUUGAAGCAGACAUCUCUGCCGAGUCAACUUACGAACUGGGUUCCAUCGUUUCUGACGAAGUUCCUGCUGCCACCGCAGUUGCUUUAGUGUCGGUUCCAGGUUACGACGCCAGCUACCGAGUCGAAAACCUUAUCAAGUAUACAGGAGCUCGCUCGACAUCGGUUGCCAUGGGAUCUCAAGAGGGAUUCACACUUGCUGACCAAGCCAUCGCAGCAGCUGCAAGGCAAGGGACGUGGGUUCUGCUCAAAAAUGUACAUCUGGCACCUUCCUGGCUUGGUCAACUAGAAAAGAAACUUCAAACACUCAAUCCCCAUCGUAAUUUCCGGUUAUUCCUGACUAUGGAAGCCAAUCUCUCUAUCCCAGUCAACAUUCUGAGGCAGUCUCGCCUAAUCAUGAACGAGCCUCCACCAGGAAUAAAAGCCAACCUUUUAGAUUCGCUGCGCAACAUUCCUUCGCAUCGCCUUUCUCACGGUCCUGCGGAGAAAAUACGUUUAUACUUCUUACUUGCUUGGUUCCAUGCCGUUGUUCAGGAGCGACUCCGUUACGUUCCUUUGGGCUGGAGCAAAAAUUAUGAUUUCAACGAUUCCGAUAUGGCAUCUGCCUUCAGCACCAUCGACGCCUGGCUGAACUCCGUUUCCAAGGGACGGGCAAACAUAGAUCCUGCCUCGAUCCCUUGGGAUGCGCUACGAACGCUCGUUAAGCAGUCAGUUUAUGGAGGAAGAGUUGACAGUGACUUUGAUCAAAGGAUCCUCAACUCAUUCGUAGAUGGACUAUUUACCGCCCAGGCGUACAACGUAGAUUUCAACCUCGUACCCACGUUGACUGGGGACCAAUUGCUCGAGGCUCCGGAUGGCACUAAGAUGGAGCAUUUUUUGACCUGGGUGCAAGCGCUGCCUGACCGGGAACCCCCAUCUUGGCUGAGUCUUCCUCCGACCGCUGAGCGUGUAAUCGCUAUUGCUCAAGGUAAUGACUUGCUGGGAAAGCUUCGCAAAAUGAGAAUGCUGGCCGAUGAUGACGAAGAUGUUGCGACCAUAGCUGCUGCCAAAUCCCAGACGUCACAACAGCCUGCGUGGAUGAGGACGUUGUUGGACCGUUGUCGUGAAUGGCUUUCUCAAUUACCCUCUGAAUUCAAUACUCUUACUCCACAAUCUGCCGAACACCAAGAUCCACUUUACCGUCUAUUUUCUCGCGAGGGAUCCAUUGGCCGAAAACUUCUGGAUCAAGUUCGAAAAGAUUUGACCGAUGUUGUAAAAGUUUGUGAAGGAGCUCUAAAACAAACCAAUCAUCUGCGAACCCUGAUGAGCGCUUUGACGAAAGGUCAAAUUCCGGAACAUUGGCGGCGCUACAAAGUGAACAAAGCGAUGGCAGUCUCAGGAUGGAUUGCCAACUUUUCACGACGAUUGUCACAGCUGGAUUCUAUUGCUAAAUUGGACAAGUUGAACAAUGUGGAAGUUUGGCUGGGUGGCUUGUUCUUCCCAGAAGCCUACGUGACAGCCACCCGGCAGUCCGUUGCACAUAAGAAGAAGUGGAGCUUGGAGACGUUGACUCUACGCCUCGAUCUCGAGCGUGUCAAUGAUCCUAGUGCCUUCAUUGUCGAUGGUUUGGCGUUGGAAGGUGCAUCAUGGUCCACCAACCAGCUUGUUCUGAACGACGGAGAUACCGUUCGACUCAAUCCAUCCCAACUCCGUUGGGUGCAGGUUGACGACUCCGCUCGGGAUGGUCACGUCAAUUUGCCCGUUUACCUGAAUAACGAUCGAAGCGACGUUUUGUUUACAGUUGAUCUGCCAUUUGACCGCAGUUCAGGUCCGUUGGUGGCAAUGAGAGCCGUCUGCCUUACCGCUGGAGGGUAG